GGCGCGAAAACCCAGCAUUCGGGUAGUUGGAUGUCAGCGGAGCACACUGUGGGGAAGUUUGUUUCAAUAUUUUAAGAAUCCCUAAAGUCGAAUAAACAACCGAUUAAAAUGGCAACCGACGUCGUAGAUGACCAGGAGAUGAGGGAGGCCCAGAGGGAUUAUCUGGACUUUCUGGAUGACGAUCAAGAUCAGGGGGUGUACCAAAGCAAAGUCCGGGACAUGAUCAGUGAAAAUAAAGCUCGACUCAUCGUCAACAUCAACGACCUGAGGAGACGCAACGAGGCCCGGGCUGCAAAACUCAUGGGUAAUGCGUUUGAGGAGCUGCUGGCCUUCCAGCGGGCUCUGAAAGACCUCGUGGCCUCGGUCGAUGCCACCUACGCCAAGCAGUACGAGGAGUUCUUCAUCGGCCUGGAGGGCAGCUUCGGCACCAAGCACGUCACCCCGAGAACUCUGACGUCCCGCCUGCUGGGCAGCAUGGUGUGCGUGGAAGGCAUCAUCACCAAGUGCUCUCUGGUGCGUCCUAAAGUUGUGCGCAGCGUCCACUACUGCCCAGCCACCAAGAAGACGAUGGAGAGGAAGUACACGGACAUGACCUCCCUGGAUGCCUUCCCCUCCAGUGCCAUCUACCCUACCAAGGAUGAUGAGAACAACCCUCUGGAGACAGAGUUUGGCCUCUCCAGCUACAAGGACCACCAGACCAUCACAGUACAGGAGAUGCCAGAGAAAGCGCCUGCUGGUCAGCUGCCCCGCUCAGUGGACAUCAUCCUGGACAACGACCUGGUGGACGUGGUCAAACCCGGAGACAGAGUGCAGGUCAUCGGGACGUACCGCUGCCUGCCUGGCAAGAAGGGAGGGUUCACCUCCGGCACGUUCAGGACCAUCAUGAUCGCCUGCCAUGUCAAACAAAUGAGCAAGGAAGUGGCCCCCCACUUCUCGGCCGACGAUGUCGCCAAAAUCAGGAACUUCAGCAGGACUCGCUCCAAGGAUGUGUUCGAUCAGCUGGCUCGCUCCCUUGCUCCCAGUAUCCACGGCCACGAGUACAUCAAGAAGGCCAUUCUUUGCUUGCUGCUGGGCGGUGUGGAGAAGGUGCUGGAAAACGGGUCCCGCAUCAGAGGAGACAUCAACGUCCUUCUUAUUGGUGAUCCAUCAGUGGCCAAGUCCCAGCUGCUGCGUUAUGUCCUCCACACAGCACCCAGGGCCAUCCCCACCACUGGGAGAGGCUCGUCCGGAGUGGGUCUGACCGCCGCGGUCACCACAGACCAGGAGACAGGUGAGCGUCGUUUGGAAGCCGGUGCCAUGGUGCUGGCCGACCGCGGCGUUGUCUGCAUUGAUGAGUUCGACAAAAUGUCCGACAUGGAUCGCACAGCCAUCCACGAGGUGAUGGAACAGGGCCGAGUCACCAUCGCAAAGGCCGGCAUCCACGCCCGCCUCAACGCCCGCUGCUCAGUGCUGGCCGCUGCCAACCCCGUCUACGGCCGGUACGACCAGUACAAAACCCCCAUGGAAAACAUCGGCCUGCAGGACUCCCUGCUGUCACGUUUUGACCUCCUGUUCAUCGUGCUGGAUCAGAUGGAUCCUGAGAUGGACCGGGAGAUCUCUGAUCACGUGCUGAGGAUGCACCGCUACAGGGACCCUCGUGAGCAGGAGGGAGCAGCCAUGGCUUUUGGGGGGACAGUGGAAGUGCUCACCACAGAAGACCCGGAUGCAGUGGCAGAAGAGCAGGAAGAGCUUCAGAUCUACGAGAAACACAACAACCUGCUGCAUGGAACCAAGAGAAAGAAGGAGAAGAUUGUGAGCAAGGAGUUCAUGAGGAAGUACAUCCACAUUGCCAAGGCGGUGACCCCUGUGCUGACAGAGGAGGCAGCCAAUCACAUCGCAGAGGAGUAUUCAAGGCUGAGAAGCCAGGAGCAGAUGGGUGCUGAUAUCGCCAGGACCUCUCCAGUGACGGCCCGUACACUCGAGACUAUGAUCCGUCUGUCCACGGCACACGCCAAGGCGCGAAUGAGCAAAGCCGUGGAGCUGGAGGACUCCGAGGUGGCCGUGGAACUAGUUCAGUUUGCCUACUUCAAAAAGGUUCUGGAGAAGGAGAAGAAACGUUCGAGAAAAGACAAAGACUCUGGUUCAGAGGAGGAGGAGGAGGAGGUCACUCAGCCUUCACAGAAAACUACAAAGAAGAGGGGGCUGAGUGGCACUCAGGGCAGUGAUGCCUACAGCCCAUAUGACUUCAGUGAAGAUCAGGAUGUCCCUGAAAUCCAAGCAGGCACUCCAAAACCAGCCAAGGUACCGAGGGAGGAAGAGGAGGCGAUGGAUGCCACCUCCCAGGCUGAAGACACUGGGCUGUCUGCAGAGAGGCUGAAGGAGUUCAAGUCGUCCCUGUUCGCAGUGUUCCAGUCUGCUCACGCUCAGUCCGUGAAGAUGAAGACCCUGAUGGACGACAUCAACAAAGCGCUUGAGAAUCGCUUCACAGAGCCCGAAGUUCGAUCGGCUUUAGCCCGCAUGCAAGAAGACAACCAGGUCAUGGUCGCCGAUGACAUCAUCUUCCUCAUCUGAGGACAACGUGUGUUUCUUGAAUUGAUUCCACAGACUCUGAAAGAAACAGUGAUUUAUUACCAAAUGUACAUAAUGACCCCCCCCCCCCCCCCAUUUAUUUUUCAUCCAUUCUGUUGUUGUCUCUUUUUCUAUAAUGUUAACAUUCUGCUCACAUCAAUAACCCGUGAUCAUCAGGAACAGUUUAUUCUGAUGUUGGAUUGGGUUUCACUGGUGCAGCCUGGAGAAACAGAGCAGCACCCAGCUUCUUUUUUCUGAGCUGUAAAAAUAUAUUCAUGAACAUUUAUGAGCUUCAUCUGCAUCAACACACUGCCAUUAGAGUGAUUCCUGAACAGCUCAGUUCAUAUGAGGGAGGCAGGUUUUACAGUUCUGUGCAUUUACAACUUUUGUGGAGCAAUAAAACAGUCUGUGUAUUCAACACCAUAAAAAAGACAGUAUAGACCAGCACUAGUGUUGUCUGGAUGUGUAUAUAGUUCAAAACAAGUAUUGAAGUGGUGAAAAAACUGUAGUUAAAAAAUAAAUAAAUGUAACUCUUUUGAAAAUGA